CAAAGCUUCAUCUUCUCUAUCCCCAUCACCCAAAUUUUGAUCUUUUCUCGUCGAAAAUCGCGUGUCAGAAACCUAAUCUAUGGAGAAGAGAGGAAAGCUGGUGGUAGGAGGAGUUUCCAUCAUCCUUAUCGUCGGCGUGGUGAUCGGCCUUGUAGCUGUAGUUUGCACAAAAAAGAGUAACAAGGACCAACUUUCCACAAGUUCUAAGGCCGUUGCUGCUAUUUGUGAUCCUACGGAUUACAAAGAGGCAUGCAUCGACAGCCUUGGAUCCGUCGCGAAAAAUGAUAGCGCCACGCCCAAAGACCUCAUCCAGGCCGCCAUUGAUUCCACAAUUAAAACCGUAAAGUCUGCGAUAGAGAACUCUAACAGCAUUGCCAAAUCCUUUAAAGCGAUCAACUCGACGGGUAAAAUGGCGAUGGACGAUUGCAAGGACUUGUUGGAAUCGGCAAUUGCCGAUCUCCAAGCCUCUUUUUCGUUCGUUGGGGAUAGCAACAUGCACACAAUGCACGACAGAGAGGAAGAGCUGCGGAAUUGGUUCAGCGCGGUGAUAUCGUUCCAACAAUCGUGCCUUGACGGCAUUCCUCAGGAGGAGCUCCAAAAGCUCAUGAAAGAUAGCCUUCUCAACGCCACACAGCUAACCAGCAAUGCCUUGGCAAUUGCCACAUCAAUUGCACAAAUCUUAGAGAACUUCAACAUCACAUUGAACAAAGACUUAAGGCCAACGAGCAGCUCGCGGAUCCUUGAGCAAGAAAACGAUGGGCAUGGCCAGUAUCCUAGUUGGUUUCCGGCCGCGGACAGGCGGCUGUUGGCAAAACAAGACAAUGGAGGGGUUAAACCUAAUGCCGUAGUGGCGAAGGACGGGAGUGGACAGUUUAAGACCAUUGGUGCUGCCCUUGCUGCAUAUCCAAAGGGGCUUCAAGGAAGAUAUAUCAUAUAUGUGAAGGCUGGGGUUUACAAUGAGUAUGUUACUGUCACCAAAAAUCAGGUCAAUGUGUUCAUGUAUGGAGACGGACCCCGGAAGACCAUGGUCACCGGAAGUAAAAGCUUUGCCGAUGGCAUCACCACUCAGAACACCGCCACAUUCGCUGCAAUUGGAAACGGAUUUCUAGCAAAGGGGAUGGGGUUUCAGAACACGGCAGGCGCCCAGAAGCAUCAGGCUGUGGCACUGCGAGUCCAGUCGGAGAUGUCAGCCUUCUUCAACUGCAGAAUGGACGCCUACCAAGACACGUUGUACGCGCAAACACAUCGCCAAUUCUAUCGAAACUGUGUCAUUUCUGGCACAGUUGACUUCAUCUUUGGUGACUCGCCAACGCUGAUCCAAAAUUCUUUGAUCAUAGUGAGGAAGCCUAUGGACAACCAAAAGAACACAGUGACGGCUCAGGGAAGAGAGGACAGGAGGGAAAACACCGCCAUUGUCAUCCAGAACUGCAGAAUAGUCCCUGAGGAGGUUCUGUUCCCAUUAAGGUUCAAGAUUCCGUCAUACUUAGGCAGGCCAUGGAAGACGUAUGCAAGGACGGUGAUCAUGGAGUCGGAGCUCGGAGACUUCAUACAACCAGCAGGGUGGCUACCCUGGAGUGGCAACUUUGCACUCGAUACUCUAUAUUACGCAGAGUAUGGGAAUCGGGGUCCGGGGGCUGCGACCAACCAAAGGGUGAGAUGGAAGGGAUAUCAUGUGAUUAACAGAAAUGACGCUGUCCAGUUCACCGCCGGUCCAUUUCUAUUGGCGGAUCGGUGGUUGAAAACCACCGGCAUACCGUACUUUGCCGGUUUGAAAACCUAG